AUGACCACAGCCACCACUUUGGGGGACACCAUCUUCUCGCUGAACAUGACCAGGGGAGAGGAUGCCCUCCAUAGGAGUUCUGGAGCCAUUGUGGCUGCCAUCACGGUGGUUGUCAUCAUCAUUGUCAUGGUACUGAUCCUGCUGAAGAUAAACAGGAGAAUGAGGACCAGGGGGAAGUUGGAGCCCAAGAGCCCAAAGCCACCUGUCCCUCCUGCCCUGGACCCAAACAGCAAUGGCGACCAGCAGCUUGCUACUGUGACCUUUGACCCUGCCGAUGUCCAUGUGGAUACUUGGUGA